AUGGCAACUGCAAUUAAUCGCUUGGAGUCCCAAAUUUUUGAAAAAUUGCCAUCGCAAUCCGAGACAAACCCCAAAAAUGUGAAUGCCAUGACACUGAGGAGUGGCAAGGAAGUGAAGGGGCCCAAGGCUAUGAACCUGAAGAGUAAAAGUAAAAAUGAGAUCGAAAAGAAGAUUGAAGAAGGACACAUUCGUGGAGAUCCCGAGGUAACUGUUACUCCAUCAAUAGCCAUUAAAUCUAAUUUACCUCCUUUUCCAUGCAGGUUAGAGAAGACAAAGAAGGCGGAGAAAGAGAAAGAGAUCCUGGACGUAUUCUGUAAAGUGAAAAUCAACAUCCCCUCACUGGAUGCAAUUAAACAAGUACCAAAGUACGCAAAAUUUCUUAAGAAUUUAUACACCCAUAAGAGGAAGUUGAGAGGGGAUGAAAGAGUAGUGGUGGGAGAAAACGUAUCGGCCAUACUUCAAAGAAAGCUCCCACCCAAGUAUGGAGAUCUAGAUAUAUUCACGAUCUCUUGCAAAAUAAAAAAUACACCAAUUAGGAAAGCAAUGUUAGAUUUAGGGGCAUCAAUCAACGUAAUGCCAAAAACCAUUUAUACUUCUCUGAAUCUUGGGCCACUGAAAGAAACAGCCAUCAUAAUCCAACUAACUGACCGCACCAAUGCUUAUUCAGAGGGGCUAGUGGAAGAUGUCUUGGUUCAGGUAAAUGAGUUAGUUUUCCUAACAGAUUUGUAUAUUCUAGAUAUGGGAGAUGAGAAGUUGAUAAAUCCGUCACCUAUUCUGUUAGGUAGACCGUUUUUUAGCACUGCUAGGACUAAAAUAGAUGUGAAUGAGGGUACUUUAUCAAUGGAGUUUGAUGGUGAAACUGUAAAUUUGAAUAUAUUUGAGACGAUGAAAUAUCCAGAGGAAUCUAACUCAAUCUUUGUUUUGAGUGUUAUUGAGUCCCUUGUACAUGAAACUUUCGAAUUGGAUGGUGAAGACACAUUUGAAGUGGCCUUGACCAAAUAUCUUGAAUUGGGAGUAACCCUUAAUGUGGACAUAAGGGAUAAGUUGUACCGUGCAGUUGAAGCAUUACAUUCACUUCCAACCAUUCCUCUAAGGUAUGAGCUUACUUCUUUGUUUGUGCCAGAAACUCAGACAAAGCUGUUGCCUUCAGUUGUGCAGGCACCGGAAUUAGAGUUUAAACCUCUCCCGAGACAUAUGAAGUACGCGUUCCUGGGAGACCGAGAAACACUUUCGCUAAUCAUUUCUGCAUACUUAUCUCCAAGCCAAGAGGACAGACUAGUGCGAGUCCUUAAGGAUCAUAAGGAGGCAAUUGGGUGGAGCAUAACAAAUAUCAAAGGAAUAAGCUUGUCCUUAUGCAUGCACCGGACACGGAUCGAGGAUGAUGCGAAGCCGGAAAGACAGGCGCAGCGGAGGUUGAAUCCACUAAUUAUGUAA